UCACUGUCUUUCUGGAUAUCUCAAUUGGAUCUGAUCGCUUUUCAAGAGUCCUUCAUUUUCCACAUAUCUUUCCUGUACAUUUAGAUUUUUAUCUCUUCUAGUUAAUCUUUCUCAACACAUUCAAAAUGGGCAAGGACGGCUACGCUCCCGGUGACGCCGCCAAGGGUGCCAACCUCUUCAAGACCCGCUGCGCUCAAUGCCACACCCUCGAGAAGGGCGGUGCCAACAAGGUCGGCCCCAACUUGCACGGUCUCUUCGGCCGCAAGACCGGUCAGGCUGAGGGCUUCUCCUACACCGACGCCAACAAGCAAAAGGGUAUCACUUGGGACCACGAGACUCUCUACGUCUACCUCGAGAACCCUAAGAAGUACAUUCCCGGUACCAAGAUGGCCUUCGGUGGUCUCAAGAAGGCUAAGGACCGCAACGACUUGAUCACCUACAUGGAGCAAGAGUGCACCAAAUAAACUCCCUGACUCGGAGCCAACUUAACGCCCGUCAAUGUCGCAAAAUCCCAUCCACGAGCAUAGAUGUGAUUCCUACACAGCGUUUACGAAAACCCACCUUUUAAAACUUGUUAGAUUCUGCAUUUCUCGACGAGUGCAUUCGCAUGGGCAACACGUCGAUUUGGAAGGAAUGGGGACCAAUAUGAUAAAGGUGGCAUGUACCAAUAUGCAAAGUUUUCCAUUAUUUUUCUGCUACUCAUACUUCUUGUUAUUUUUUUUCCUCCGGCUUUUCUCUUUUUUCCCAAGUGUGAUUCUACGAUAGAUCUGUCGAUUCCAUCAAUGUCCUUCCAAGCCAUUAGCUGUCUACCAUCUCUCUCAUUCUCGAACCUCAAAAAGAAAAAUGUACACGGAGCGGAAGGUUUCCUCAUUAUUUUUUUUCCUUUUCUCCUUUUUUCUAGGAUGGACUGGAUGUACGCUAUGUGGCCUUAUACAGCGUGGCGUAAGGCUUAGAAAGUAAUGAUUCUCCUCUCAAAU